AUGUCCUCCUCGUCUCAACAAGCAGCUCCCGCUCCCGCUCCCGACCCGGAGCGGGAAUAUAAUCUGAUUUCCCAACUCGAGAUGCGAAUCGCAUCCGCCUCGACAGACGGCAAACUAGAAACAAUCCUCUCUAAAUUCCUACCAGCACUACUGUUGAAGCUGGCAUCGCCUACGCCGCGGAACCGCAACCUCGCCAUCAAAGUGUGCCAGUACAUCAACCAACGGCUCAAGAUCACGGCAGACAUAAAAUUGCCCGUGAGCGCCCUGGUCAAGACGUUCCGAGAGGCAGAGAACGCCUUUGUCCGGAGAUUCUGUCUGCUGUUCAUUGAGCAAGGGCUGCCGAGGCUGGACGUGGACGAAGCCAUCGCCACUUUACCGGGCGUCCUACAGUUCGCGGUACCCACGAUGUCCAACUAUGAUGCCACAGACCGCAAGAUGUGGACGAUUGCGUUUGAUUUCUUGUUGGAGGUGCUGUGCAAAUGGGGCAAAUCGUUGCCUGAACGUGGUAGUAAGGAAGACCUGGCACUAAAGGACACUUUUGCCCUCUCGAAGUCACAGACCGAUCUUUUGGUCAGUCGGAUCUGCGAUUUCUUGCUCUACGACCCUAGAGAAUCCGCUGGUCCAAGUAUCGGCAUCAGUGGUAGCGGCACCGCUGCCAACACUAAUGCCAACACCACUGCCGGCACCGCCUUUGCCUCUUCCGGAGAGUCAUCACAACAAUCCAGCAGCCGAGACGAAGAACAAGAAGAUUUCAAGCCCGUCUUUGACAAGAACUUCCGCCGCCGCUCGGAAGUCGUUCUACCCAUCGCAAACUUUCUGUUCACUUCCAUCUUCACCGACCAACAACGUCUCAUUCCCGCCGUCAUCAUGGCCGUGGACGCCAACGCAUCCGCAGUGUCCAUGAGCGACGUCAUAUUCAAGCAGUGCACUUUUGAUCUGGAAACUGAUGCCACCGUCGACGCUCUCUUUGCCCUCUACAAACGCGCCGGAACCAGACCAAAACUGCAGACGCGAAUCCUGUCCAUUCUUUCCCGGAGCCAAAAGUCCACCACGCGCACCAAGGAGAUCAUGGCCAUGGUGGAGGCCCAGCUGCUCGACGCCCCGGCCAGGUCGUCGGGCGGGCUCGAGGCUGCAAAGCUCCGUGCCGCACUCUUCUCCUAUCUGACGUGGACUGUCCGCGUCGGGCAGAGUAUGCACCUUGCCAGCAUCAGCGUGCGGUUGCAGGAUUUAUUGAAGGAAUAUAUCGAACUACAAGGUUGGCCGACAAUGAGCGACACAGGAGAUCGCGCAGCGGCAGCCACCGCCGCCGAGAUUGAGCUGCGCGCCAAAGCAUAUGAGAGUAUUGGACUCCUCGCCGCUGCAGCCGCAGCCGAUGACGAAGACACCACCAUGGCCAACACCGACAAAAUCGCGAGGAAUGUCCGCUUGCUAGAUCUCAUAACGUGGCUGUUCACCAGUCUUCGCUGCGAUACGACCCGGGACAUCAGAGGCAGCAUUGAAGAGGCAAUCGGACGGGUCAUGAACACUGUGUCGGUCGCCAGCUUUGACGAGGCAUCAACAGCACGACUGAAGGAGCUUUUACUCUGGAAUGUCCUUGCGACCCCUGGACAGGAAGACCCUGUCUACUUCUUGCCUACCAUGAACAGCACAAAGUAUCCUGCCGUCCGCUUCGCCAACAAGUGUCUCCCUUAUUCCGACGUGGACGCGCGGUUCAUCGACGUGCUGGCCUUGAGCUCUUCGACGGAUAGGAGGGAGAUUGCCGAAGAGGGCAUUCGCGGCCUCGAUCCAUAUUGGCACGCAUCCAAUGCACGCAUGGCAACCGCAUCGCCUGCGCAGGGCGAAAAUGACAAGAAAAUGGCUCUGCCUGAUGUUGUUGCUCUGGGAAGUCGCUUUUUCGGCUCCAGUCCAGAGCAGACAAGUUAUUACGACAACCCUGCCGUCCUCGCCGCUGCCGUCACAUUCUGUCGAAAUGUUAUCUGGUGCGAUGCGUUGAAGGAAACGAAGCUGGCGCCUGAAGAAUCGGCCGACUGGAAACAAACCAUCGAUGCACUAGUAAGCAACGACCGAGAUGUCCGUCGGAGGAUACGCACUCGUUUGCGAAGUCUGCCCCUGGAGGUCUCCCUACCUUUGGCCAAGGCAGCGCUCUUGGGCAUGUCUAGGGCUUCAGGCGAGUGUGUCGACCUCUCGCUGGAACUAAUCUCACUCGCGCCGAAUAAUUUGAUCUCUCAGAUCCAGCAGCUGGCAAUGGAGGCUGCCUCGCGGAUUGUGGCGAAUUCAGUCCUUCAGACUCGAGCUGCCCAAGUGUUCGGAAUCGUAGCUUCGCUCUCCGAUGAUGCAGUGAAGAUCGCCACAGCAGAAUUGAACGAGACCAGAAGUUGGAAGUCAGCCAUCGGAGAAGAGCUCGUCAAGGUCCAAGGACAUCUACUACGGGCUGCUUGGUGCCUUACGCGCAAAUCACUGAGGGGCGGGCUAGACGCUCACGGUGACACUCUGCAGGAACCGACGCAGCUUACCUUCGACAUCAUCAAAACCUCUACUGACAAGACUCUCAAGGAGACCGCAUACCGAUGUCUGCGUCAGCUCGCUCUGUGCACACCACUGGCCAAUGGACCACAACCAGACCACGAUUUGUUGGACAAAUUGAUCUCCGAUGGGAAGAAAGAAAUUGAAACGGCCGUGUCCGCUGCUGGUCCUCUGUUAGCGAUCAUACAUGCACGUGGAAGCGAGUCAGAUUUUCAGUCUUUGCUCGACCGUUUCCUUGGCCUCUCCGAAGUCAGACGCCCCGAAUUUCACUUCGCCCUCGGGGAGUCGCUUUCGGUUGCGUGCGCUGGGUUCAAUUCAUCAUCCACCAUGACUGAGUUCGACGUGGAUGCUGACCUGCCAAGUCGGGGAAGCAGCGAAGCCUUGACGACACUCAUCGUUGACCGAGUCAUUGGGGAAUGCAAAACCACCAAACCCUCGCUCAAAAAGGCGGCCGCAAUCUGGCUGCUCUGCAUAGUGCAAUAUUGUGGCGAUAUGUCAGCCGUCAAAGCAAGACUACGAGAUUGUCAAGCUGCGUUUGCCAGGCUCCUCAACGAUCGUGAUGAGAUUGUCCAAGAAACAGGAUCCCGAGGUCUCGGCGUAGUGUACGAACACGGAGACAAGCAGCUUCGAGAUGACCUGGUUAGGGACCUGGUCCAGAGUUUCACGGGGAGCAAUGCAAAGCUGUCAGGGACGGUCGACGAGGAUACACAGCUCUUCGAGGCUGGCGCGCUGCCGACAGAGAAGGGGGAAUCUGUGACCACGUAUAAGGACAUUGUCCGUCUGGCCACGGAAAUGGGCGACCCAAGCCUGGUGUACAGGUUCAUGAACCUGGCAUCAAAUAAUGCCAUCUGGAACAGCCGCGCAGCAUUUGGUAGAUUUGGGCUCGGUCAGGUCCUGGCCGACUCGUCCUACCUAUCCGAGAACAAAAAGUUCUAUCCCAAGCUCUUCCGUUAUCGGUUUGACCCCAAUCCAAACGUUCAGCGGUCAAUGGAGGAGAUUUGGCGGGCACUGGUCAAGGAUCCGAAUCGAGUGAUUGAGGAGAAUUUCGACCUCAUCAUGGAGGAUCUGCUUAAAAGUGUCGUGUCUGGGAAAGAAUGGCGAGCUAGGGAGGCGAGCUGUGCCGCGAUCGCUGAUCUUGUUCAGGGUCGGGAUGUGGAGAUGUUUGAAAAAUAUCUCGACCAAAUAUGGACAGUGGCCUUCAAGGUCCUAGACGACGUCAAAGAAACCGUGAGAGUUGCUGCAAUGAAGCUAUGCAGAACCCUCACAAGCAUGCUGAUUCGGAACCUCGAAGUAGGAGAAGGGAAUUCCAAACGUUCUGCAACGAUGUUGAACCAUGCCAUGCCUUUCCUGUUACAGCAGAUGGAAGGUGGAGCGGGAAAAGACGUCCAGCAAUAUGCCGUCGUCACACUGUUGGAAGUGGUGAAAAAGUGCCCACACAAAUCUCUGAGGCCCUUUGCACCGAAGAUCUUGGAAACGCUCGUGGUGUCUCUGAGCUCACUUGAACACGAAAGCAUAAACUACCUCCAUCUGAAUGCCGACAAAUACGGCCUUACAGCUGAGAAGCUUGAUAAGAUGAGGGUCUCCAGCAUCAACGCAUCUCCGGUCACGGAAGCAAUUGAGCGUUGCUUGGACAGUAUCACAAUGCAGGUCGCUGAAGACAACAGCGCUGCUGAUGUGAUGCAGGGAAUUGAAUCUACUUCUGGGACAAAGCCAAGUGUCUCGCCCAUGGAGGAUGCAAUGCAGAGACUGGUGAACGCAUAUCGCGCAUCAAUCGGGCUCCCAUCGAAGGUGGGCCUCAGCAGGGUGAUGACCACGCUCGUCGUUCGACACCCGUCCGCAUUUCGGCCAUAUGCCGACAAGUUCGUCGCAGUGACCAGGAAGCAUAUCCUCGAUCGUAACGCCACCAUUAGCAUCGCUUUCAGCACCUCUUUGGGCUACCUGCUAAGGCUGGCUUCCGAGAAAGAAGUCCAGGCCACGAGCAAGUACGCUCAAAAAUUAUACUUCGAGUCCCAAGAGUUGGCCCAUCGAUCUGUGGCUGGGGAAAUCAUCCAGGCAAUCUCCAAGGCCGCCAACGAUGUCUUCAUGAAUCAUGCAUCGGCCUUCCUACCGUUCGCAUUUAUUGGACGCCGCGACACCGACAAGGAAGUCAGGGAACGGUUCGAUGUACCAUGGAAAGAAAACAUUGGCGGAUCGCGCUCCAUCAACCUCUACCUACCGGAAAUAGUAGACCUGAUCUCGACGCAUAUCAAAUCGCCCUUGUGGCCCAUCAAGCAUGCAUGCUCUCUGGCAGUGGCCGAAUUAGUGGCGUCCAUGGACGUCCAGGAGACGUACAAUGACAGAGAUGCAUCUCUUCUUUGGCCCGUAGUACAAGAGGCCCUUGACGGCAAGACCUGGGACGGAAAAGAAGAGAUCAUCAAGGUGUAUCCGAAGUUUGUGAAACAAGCGCGAUCGCUUUGGUCUGAAACGACCCAACAAAUGAAGAAGGUCGCAAUUCGGGAGGCGAAAAGGACCAACAUCAAAUAUCGCCCGUACGCGAUCGAUGCGCUAGGGGAAUUUGCGGCUGUCCGGGAAGAUUUGGACAUAACUCAGGAGGUGGUCCCCUAUCUUGCGGAGCUAUUGAACGAAUUAACGGACGCGGACGCCAUGGAAGUUGAUGAGGAGGCUAUCAGCAGGUACUUUACGAAUCGUACCGCUCUUGAAGCCACGGCGACCGCAAUUGUGUCGUGCUUGUUCAAAGUCCUCGCAUCCCACCUAAGGGUCGAGGUUUUGGAUCAGGCGAAGCAGAUUGUAGAGAAAGCGCUUGCCAUGCAAUCCAGGGCAGUUGAUUCUGCGCUCUACGAGGGUGCAAAAUAUUUUGUGCUGCAUGCACCGCAAAUCAAAACAAAGGAUGGUGUUCACGGUGAGAUGGAAGGCUGCGACAACAACAAAAAUGCCGCAGCCUCGGAUGACGCACGAGGCACUGGAUCGGCGCCGGCAGUGAUGGUGGAGGAGGCUACGGAAAGGCGCGCGGAAGGAGAUGGACGAAAGGACGGCGGCACUGGCAGGUUUGAGCCAUUUGAGCCACUGCUGAUGGCGGUGCUGGCCGCCGAUUCUUCUCGCCAAGGGUCGGAAAUAGAGAGCCAGCGUAGAUCACGUGUGGGCCUUGCGCAAGCCCUGGCCGAGCGUGGCGUCCAGGAUCCCGCCGCACUCACGGCGAUCCUUGACCGCUGGUUGCAGACCGAACGGUCCAGACCUCUCCGAGAGGACAUGGAGAGGGCUCGCCAGACCGUUACGCCUUGA